AUGGCCUCUGCAUCUCCCGGCUCCUCUCAGCUGAGCCGCGCUGGCCCAAGCAGAGGAAAUGGAUCUAGAGAGCGGCUGCACAAGCUCCCUGAGCUGCAGAGUUCAACCAUCCUACCAAGACUUCCAGUCCACGUUAAAGACACACAGGCUGUGCUGAAGAGACGUAUAACCCGGACACAACCCAGUCUCCAGCACUUACAGACCCGUGACAGGAUGUUUUUUCCAGGCUGGUACACUCAAACUCCACCUCAACCUAAAGAGCCGCCACAAAGGCGUUGUGAACAAUUACCUGUCCAACUCCCUCCGCUGCCAGCCAGAGCCAAGAGGAAGCUGGCCAAGGUUGAGAUGACUCCCCCAAGUCCUCCCAGAUGGCCAUUUUCCCUUAAGAACAAUCCAGAACUGGAUAGUCCCUCCAAAGUUCACAUCUAUGAUUACGGUGAAGAUGACUAUAUGAUGAUCAGCCAAGGAGGCGUUCUAUCGAAGCAUGGGGAAGAUUACGACUUUAUAAGUGCCGAACACUGGGAAGAGGACUAUAACUUCUACUGCAAGUGCAUGCGCAUCCCCUUCUUUGCCCGUUACAAAAUGUGGAAACCCUUUUAUGUUUGGCGCAAAACAGUUACCAUCAAGAAGAUUCAAGGGGCCAAGGAGACCCUCCAACUGCGUUUGUUCAUUAUCAGUGAGUCUCUAAGUCCUGCACUGGUGGACAUCAGGAAAAUGUGUUACCAAAUCAGUGACACAGGCUUGUGCAGCAUGGAGAAAAAACACACUUACACACUGCAGGAAUUCCUGGACGCCCAGUUCAACAAACUACAAGAGAUAUUGAGUGACUUGGAGAAGUUUCAAGACCUGGCAAAAGAGGUGACCAUUUCCGCCUGUCGCAACUACUUGACGGAUCCUCAAGACAAAAUUGAGGCACCAAAUAAUAAAGCCAAACUGAAAAUUCUGGAACAGAUCAACCAGAAUUUCCUCUCUAACCGUCUCAUGUGCUUCAUCCGACUUGUUGAUUACUUGGUUGUCAACACCAUGCACAACUUGGUGGUGAAUGCAGUGACCAAACUGCAGGCUGCGUUCCUGGAGCAGGUAGGUCGAACACCCGGCCAUGACAUUAUUCAAAGCUGGGGCCAGCAGACUGAGGCCACCACUGACGCUGCAGAGGGAGAGACUGAUAAGAAGUCAGAAACUGGCCGCGGACAACCUAUGUUCACCUCUGAGCUGACGCUGGAAACAAAUGCAUUGUCCUACAAGCCCUCUGAAGAGAACUUUCAGGAGGCUUUUGUGGAGAUCUUUGGGAAGUUCCAAGAGACAGUGAUGUCAGUUAACGUACUUACAGGAGAUGACGAUUUUGAGUCACUGAUAGAAUUCGAAGAUGAAGAGGUACAACAAGAAAAUCAAUAUGAAGAUGGCCCUAGUUUGGAAUCUAUCAUAGAGAAUGAUGGCCACCUUCAAAAUAUCAUUCAAAACAUCAAGGAAUCCCUCCAGUGUGCUUUUGAUGCCGCGAAAGUGUACUCAAAAACCUUUGAGCGUUUCCGGCUGUUCUAUAAGGAGAACGAAAGUCUGGAUCUAGAUGAACUACGGAAACAUGAUCACGGUUUGGCCUUUUUUGAAAAAGCACUGGAGUUAUACCACAGAGAGCAUAAGGAGGCCUCAGCUCUCCAUCCAAAAAGAAAUCUCGGCUUACUGCUUGUCGACAAAACACAGCUCAAAGACAAGCUUGUGUCCUCCCCACUCCGCUGUCUGGAGGUCAUCAAUGAAAUGCUUACCCAGCUGGCUAAAAGGAAGCUGGAUGCUGUCAUUGCAGAGACCAAUGAGGCCCAGUUUAAACUAGAGUUCAGUCCCUCUACUACAGCUGAGUUAGCCAACUACCUCACAUUCCUGGAUGAGAUUCAGGAGAGGAUUACAGUGCUAGAGGAAGAGCAGGAGACAGUGUGUCAGAUGUACAAUUUGAUCGACACGUACUCUGUUCCCACACCACCCGAGGAUGUUGUGGUGUUUGCCACCUUGCAACCUUCUAUUAACUCACUGCAGAACAUCAUCGACCGGGCAGUGGCAGAGAGGGACUCCAGCAUGGACAAAUUUGGUAGCUCCCUGAAAAAAGAUAUAAAGAAUCUGAAACAAGAGGUCACGAAAGUCAAGCUUAAGUCACAGGAUCCACAAAUCCUAGACAUCAAUGCAGAUCCCUCUAAAGUGCGUCUGCUGCUGGAUGAGAUCCAGAUUUCUGUGGAUGAGCUUCAGGCCCAGGCCUCUGCCUACACAUCCUACCAGAAGAAAUUCAAGGCAGAGGUUACCAAGUUCGACACCCUGGAGGAGUUAACCGGAGAGUUUAGGCUGAAGCAGUUGCUGUGGGACUCGAUAGAGGAAUGGGACUCUUUACAAGAUGGAUGGCGGCAGAGCACACUGGAGCUACUGGACCUGGAGCAGUUCAGCUCACAGGUCAACAAAUACAGCAAGUAUGUCAACCAGCUGGAGAAAGGCCUGCCACGUAACAAUGUAGUGCCAAGCCUUAAGGACAAGGUGGAAAUCAUGAAGCAGAGGUUGCCGAUGAUCACUGAUCUGCGUAAUCCAUGUAUGAAACCAGAGCAUUGGAACACCCUGGAGUCUGUUGUGGGGAGCACCCUGAAUGUGGAGGAGCUUACUUUGGCUGCUAUGGAGAAGCUGGACAUCUUCUCCUACGGCACAGAGAUACAGGAGGUGUCAGGACAGGCUUCAGGAGAGGCAUCGGUGGAGACCAUUAUUACUAAGGUGGAGGAUGCAUGGAAGACCACAGAGUUAACUGUGCUGCCUCAUGGUGAAUCCAAAGAGGUUUUCAUCUUGGGAGGCACAGAUGAUAUUCAGGUGCUCCUGGAUGACAGCAUUAUCAAUGUGGGCACAGCGGCAUCUUCUCGCUACAUAGGUCCCAUCAAAUCCAGGGUGGAAAAACUACUGAAACAGCUGAUGCUCUUCAACCAAACACUGGAAGAGUGGCUUACAUGCCAAAGGAACUGGCUUUACCUAGAAAGUAUCUUCUUAGCCCAAGACAUCAAGAGGCAGCUUCCUGCUGAGUCCAAGAUGUUUCUUAAAGUGGACAAGUCUUGGAAAGAAAUCAUGACUAAGGUCAGCAAGAUGCCUAGUGCCCUUAAAGCGGCCACACAGCCUGAUCUGUUGACGACCUUUCAGAAAAACAACGCUCUAUUGGAUGAGAUUCAAAAGUGUCUGGAAGCCUACCUGGAGUCCAAAAGAUGUAUCUUCCCCAGGUUCUACUUCUUAUCCAAUGAUGAACUGCUUAAGAUCUUGGCCCAGACAAGAAACCCACAGGCAGUGCAGCCCCACCUUAGGAAGUGUUUUGAUGCCAUUACACAUCUGGAGUUUGCUUUGCUGCCCAAACAGUCAUCUGAUGCUGUGGGACCUGCACUGGAUGCUGGAGAACAGGACACAAUCUACAGUAAAGACAUCUUGAGUAUGGUCUCCCCUGAGGGAGAGAAGGUGGGUUUGACAAAAGGCCUGAAGGCGCAAGGCAAUGUGGAGGAUUGGCUUUGCAAGGUGGAGGAGGGUAUGUUUUCCUCACUGCGACGUCUCAGCAAGGCCUCCAUUGCAGACUACCAAGUGAAGUCUAGGGAGGAAUGGGUGGUGGCAGGACAUCCAUCACAGGUGGUGCUGACCAUCUCACAAUUGAUGUGGUGCAGAGACAUGGAUGCCUGCCUGGAGGGCGAUCAUGACCACUUUGCUGCCUUGCAGCAAUUUGAACUCACCAACUUUGAUCGGUUGAAUUCCUUGGCGGCAUUGGUACGAGGCCAGCUACCAACUUUACACCGUAAUAUCAUCACUGCUCUCAUCACCAUUGAUGUUCAUGCCAGGGACAUCGUCACAGAUCUUGUUCGGCAGAAGGUGGACUCAAGGAUGAACUUUGAAUGGCAGAGACAGCUGCGUUACUACUGGGACCUUGACCUGGACAACUGUGUAGCCACAAUGGCUCUGUCCACUUAUAUUUAUGGCUACGAGUACCUGGGAGCCUGCCCAAGGCUGGUCAUCACACCACUUACGGACCGUUGCUACUUGUGUUUGAUGGGGGCCCUUCAGUUGGACCUGGGGGGAGCUCCAGCUGGGCCUGCAGGGACAGGAAAAACAGAAACCACCAAAGACUUGGCUAAAGCCUUGGCCAUCCAGUGUGUGGUCUUCAACUGCUCUGAUGGACUUGACUAUAAGAUGAUGGGGCGUUUCUUCAGUGGGCUUGCUCAGUCUGGAGCUUGGUGUUGUUUUGAUGAGUUUAACAGAAUCGACAUUGAAGUGUUGUCAGUCAUUGCUCAGCAGCUCAUAACCAUAAGGAAUGCUAAAGCUGCAAAGAUGUCAAGGUUUCAAUUUGAGGGCCGAGAGAUCAAGCUGGUGAUGACGUGUGCUGCAUUUAUCACCAUGAACCCAGGCUACGCUGGAAGAACAGAACUACCCGAUAAUCUUAAAGCUCUCUUUAGGCCCAUAGCUAUGAUGGUGCCAAACUAUGCACUCAUUGCUGAGGUGAUUUUGUACUCUGAGGGAUUCGAGUCCAGUAAGACUCUAGCGAGAAAGAUGACCCAGAUGUACAAGCUGUGCUCUGAGCAGCUGUCCCAGCAGGACCACUAUGACUUUGGCAUGAGAGCUGUCAAGUCUGUUCUGGUUAUGGCGGGGUCCCUGAAGAGAGCUAACCCUCAACUCAGUGAGGAUGUGGUCCUUAUCAGAGCCCUGAGGGAUUCCAACCUACCAAAAUUCCUUACUGAUGACGCUGUGCUGUUUGGUGGUAUCCUGUCAGACCUGUUCCCUGGUGUGUCUAUACCCGCGCAUGACUAUGGCGUGCUGCACUCCACCAUCCUGCAGUCUCUAGUUAAACGAAGCCUGCAGCCACUGGCUAGCAUGACCAACAAGGUGAUCCAGCUAUAUGAAACCAUGUUAGUGCGUCAUGGUGUGAUGUUGGUCGGACCUACUGGUGGAGGUAAGACCACUGUCUACACCAUCCUGGCAGACACACUGGAGACCCUCCAUCGCACAGAGAAAGUGGAUAGCAGCUCCUUCUAUCAGCCUGUCAAGAGUUAUGUUCUCAAUCCUAAAUCUGUCACGAUGGGAGAGCUCUAUGGCGAGGUUAAUACAUUGACACUGGAAUGGCGUGACGGAUUAAUGGCGCUGAGUGUCCGUGAUGCAGUCAGCGACACCACUAAUGACCACAAGUGGGUGAUCUGCGAUGGGCCAGUUGACGCCCUGUGGAUUGAGAACAUGAACACUGUGCUGGAUGACAACAAGAUGCUCUGUCUGGCCAACAGCGAGCGAAUCAAACUUACUCCAUCCAUACAUAUGGUGUUCGAGGUCCAGGAUUUGGCUGUGGCAUCUCCAGCCACCGUCAGUCGCUGUGGGAUGGUUUAUAUUGAUCCUGCUGAGCUCAAGUGGAUGCCCUAUGUCCAGACAUGGAUCAGUGGUCUAGGAGACAAGCUCCCAGAACCAGUGCGCACAUACCUGCUGGAGCUGUUUGAGCAGUAUGUGGAGAAGGGACUUCAGUUUGUGUUGAAGCAUUGCGCCCAGGCGAUCCGCCAGGUGGACAUCAGUAAAGUCAACACUCUUUGCUCCCUGCUAGAAGCACUGCUGCUGGGCAAAGAGGGGCCAGACCUUAAAAUGGAUUCCAAACAUCGCAACGCUGUAAUAUGUCAGACCUUCAUAUUUAGCUACUUAUGGGCAGUAGGAGGCAACCUGACCAGCUCUUACUGGGAUGCUUUUGACACCUUCGUCAGAGAGCAGUUUGAAGGCAACAGCAAUGCUAAGCUCCCAAAAAGUGGUUCCCUGUGGAGCUUGUACAUGAACUUUAGCUACAAGCGUCUGGAGUCAUGGGAGAAGAUAAUCCCUUCGUUCAAAUACAACAACGAGCAGCCCUUUUUUGAGAUGCUGGUUCCCACCACAGACACUGUCCGCUACGGCUAUCUGAUGGAGAAACUGCUGUCUGUGCGACGUUCUGUACUCUUCACCGGCGAUACUGGAGUGGGGAAGUCAGUGGUGGCUCGGGGCCUUAUCAACAGUAUCCAGGAAAAGGAAGGAUAUCUUCCUAUCUACAUCAACUUCUCUGCUCAGACCUCCUCCGCCCGCACCCAAGAAAUCAUUGAGUCCAAACUGGAGAAAAAGAGGAAAAAUAUUCUGGGUGCUCCUGGUAACAAGAAGUUAGUGGUGUUUGUGGAUGAUCUGAAUAUGCCCAAGCUUGACAGUUAUGGCUCUCAGCCUCCUAUAGAGCUGCUGCGUCAGUUCCAGGACUUUUCUGGCUUCUAUGACAGGAACAAGUUCUUCUGGAAGGAGAUCCAGGACAUGACCAUCGCCGCAGCUUGCGCUCCUCCAGGAGGGGGACGUAACCCCGUGACCCCCCGAUUCAUCCGCCAUUUCAGCAUGCUGUGUCUGCCUACACCUUCGGAACACAGCCUCAAACAGAUCUUCAAAGCUAUCCUCAGUGGUUUCCUCAGUGAGUUUUCUGAAGCGGUGAAGGGCUCCGCCGGACAGAUUGUGGACGCAGCUGUGGAGAUUUACGACCGUUUGAGUGUGGAUCUCCUGCCCACUCCAGCUAAGUCCCACUAUGUCUUCAAUCUCAGGGAUCUCUCCAAGUGUGUCCAAGGUAUGCUGCAGUGUGAGCCCAGUCAGGUGAGAGAUAAGAACCAGAUCUUCCGUCUCUUCUGCCACGAGUGUCAGCGGGUGUUCCACGAUCGACUCAUCAACAACCAAGAUAAGAUGUAUUUCAACACCAUCGUCUGUGAGAUGGCCAGCAGAUAUUUUAGUAUUACCUUGGAGCCCUCAUACUUUGUCACACAGCCCAUCAUAUUUGGAGAUUUUAUCAAGGUGGGUGCAGAGAAAGAAGAUCGUCUGUAUGAGGAUCUUACUGACAUGAAUAAGAUAAAGACUGUUCUCCAAGACUACCUUGAUGAUUACAACAUGACCUUUUGCAAGGAGACCAAGCUGGUCUUCUUCCAGGACGCAGUUGAGCAUGUCUCCAGGAUUGCCCGUAUGAUUCGCCAGGAGAGGGGCAAUGCUCUGCUUGUAGGGGUGGGAGGCACAGGCAAGCAGUCUCUCACAAGACUGGCAUCCCACAUGUGUGGAUACCGAUGCUUCGAGAUUGAGCUGAGCCGAGGCUACAACUACGACAGCUUUCACGAAGACUUGAGGAGGCUAUACAAGAUGGCUGGGGUGGAGGGAAAAAAUAUGGUGUUCCUUUUUACGGAUACUCAGAUUGUGGUGGAGGAAUUUUUGGAGGAUGUUAACAACAUGCUGAACUCCGGCGAGGUGCCCAACCUUUUUGAGAAAGAUGAACUAGAACAAGUGCUUGCUGCCACACGCCCUAAAGCCAAAGAGGCUGGGAUCAGUGAAGAGAACAGGGAUGAGGUAUUCCAGUAUUUCAUCACUCGUGUGCGGGAGAAGCUGCACAUUGUGCUGUGUAUGAGUCCUGUGGGCGAUGCUUUCAGGUCCCGCUGUCGCAUGUUCCCAUCACUGGUCAACUGUUGCACCAUUGACUGGUUUGUACAGUGGCCCCGUGAGGCGCUCCUCACUGUCUCCCAGGCCUUCUUCCAGAAUGUGGACUUUGGUAGUGAGGAACUAAAGGAGAGCUUCUCAACCCUUUGUGUGGAGAUACAUGUUAGCGUCACUGACAUGGCUGAGCGCUUCUACUCAGAGCUCAGACGCCGAUACUACACAACACCUACCUCCUACCUAGAGCUCAUCAACCUCUACCUGUCCAUGCUUGAAGACAAGAGGCAGCAGUUAGUGCUUGCCAAAGAUCGUGUGAAGAAUGGUCUGACCAAGCUGCUUGAGACCAAUGUGCUGGUGGACAAAAUGAAAGUGGACCUGUCUGCUCUGGAGCCAGUUCUGAAACAGAAAUCCAUCGAUGUUGAUGCCCUCAUGGAGAAACUGGCUAUCGAUCAGGAGAGAGCUGACGAGGUGCGUAAAGUAGUGAAAGAAGAUGAAGCUUUAGCCAAGGUCAAAGCUGAAGAUACCCAGGCCAUAGCUGAUGACGCCCAGAGAGACCUGGAUGAGGCUCUGCCAGCCUUGGAAGGUGCCAAUCAGGCUCUUAGUUCCCUGGACAAGGCUGACAUCUCUGAGAUAAAGGUGUUCACCAAACCCCCAGAUCUAGUCAUGACUGUCAUGGAGGCUGUCUGCAUCCUGCUCAACUGCAAGCCGGACUGGCCAGGAGCCAAACAAUUACUGGGAGAUGCCAAUUUCCUCAGGCGGCUGACAGACUAUGAUAAGGAUAAUAUCAAGGCUCAGAUCCUGAUGAAGCUGCAAAAGUACAUCAACAACCCUGAUUUCAUACCUGAGAAGGUGGAGAAAGUAUCCAAAGCCUGCAGAUCAAUGUGUAUGUGGGUCAGAGCCAUGGAUCUUUACUCCAGAGUCCUCAAAGAAGUCGGUCCGAAGAGAGAAAAACUGGCAAAGGCACAGGUCAAGCUGGAUGCGACCAUGGAAACACUAAGGGAAAAGCAGGAAAAGCUUCAGGAGGUGGAGAACCAGAUCAAAGUCCUACAGGAUCAGUUUGACUACAGCAUAAAUGAGAAGGAGGAUUUGGUUAACACCAUGGCUUUGACCCAGGCUCGGUUGACCAGGGCAGGGAAGCUAACUUCUGCCCUUGGCGACGAGCAAGUACGCUGGGAGGAGAGCGUUGCCCUGUUUGAGCAAGAGAUUAUCAACGUAGUGGGGAAUGUCUUCAUUGCAGCUGCCUGUGUGGCCUAUUAUGGAGCAUUCACUUCUCAUUACAGACAGCUGCUAAUUGACCAGUGGAUAAUACUGUGCCAGGAACUGAAGAUUCCCAUCAGUUCCAGCUUCAGCCUUAUCAACAUCUUGGGUGACGCAUAUGUCAUCCGCCAGUGGAACACAGAGGGUCUGCCCCGUGACACCGUCUCUACAGAGAAUGGGAUCCUGGUGACAGAGGGCCGCCGCUGGCCUCUCAUGAUUGACCCGCAGGAUCAGGCCAACCGAUGGAUCCGCUCCAAAGAGGCAAAGCAUGGGCUAAAGGUGAUCAAGCUGACAGAUCCAAACUUUCUCCGUACCCUUGAGAAUGCCAUCCGCAUGGGCAUGCCUGUACUGCUAGAGGAGUUAAAGGAAAACCUGGAUCCAGCUCUGGAGCCCAUCUUGCUGAAGCAGACAUUUGUGGCUGGUGGACGGACAUUGAUCCGACUUGGGGACUCAGAUAUCGACUAUGACAAAAACUUCAGAUUUUAUAUGACCACAAAGAUGGCCAACCCACACUACCUACCAGAGGUAUGUAUUAAAGUUACAAUCAUCAACUUCACUGUGACAAAGUCUGGCUUGGAGGACCAGCUGCUUAGUGAUGUAGUGCGUCUGGAGAGUCCACAUCUUGAAGAGCAGAGGAAUGAGCUGAUUGUGCGCAUCAACGCUGAUCGCAACCAGCUGAAAGAUAUUGAAGACCGAAUCCUUAAGCUUCUCUUUACCUCUGAGGGGAAUAUACUUGACAAUGAGGAGCUAGUUCAGACUCUCCAGGAGUCAAAGGUGACAUCAGAGACCAUAAAACAUCGUUUAGAGGAGGCAGAGGCCACUGAGCUAAUGAUCAACUCUGCAAGAGAGCGCUACCGACCUGUAGCCACACGAGGCUCUGUCUUGUACUUUGUCAUCGCCAGUCUCUCUGAGAUCGAUUCAAUGUACCAGUUCUCCCUCAAGUACUUCAAACAGCUUUUUAACUCCACCAUCGAAACGUCCGAGAAGAGCAGCGUGUUGGAAGAGCGUCUCCAGAUCCUGCUGGACCAGAUCCUGCUCAACUCCUACAUCAACGUGUCUCGCGGCCUCUUUGAGCAGCACAAGCUCAUCUACAGCUUCAUGUUGUGCGUGGAGAUCAUGAAGGAGUGUGACGAGAUCUCCGAUGCUGAGUGGCUGCACUUCCUAAGUGCAGCUGCUUCCUUGGAAAAGGACUAUGCAGAACGGCCAGAUGUGCCAUGGCUAAGUGAUUUUGACUGGCGGACAUGUUGUGAGCUGGAGGACACACUGCCCUGCUUCAAGGGCAUCUCAGAGGAAAUCACCAGAACCCAUAUCUACAUUGAGUUUGGACGUUUUCAGGCAUCUAUUAAUCCAGAGAACUGGGAAGGCUACGUGUCAGAGUUGCCUCCUCUUGGGGAGUCCAAAGAGGAGAAGCAGGAGAGCGGGAUCAGAGGCUACUGGAAUGAGAGGCUAGGGACCUUCCAGAAGCUGGUCCUUAUCAAGAGCUUCAUGGAAGAGAAGGUGGUCUUUGCAGCAACAGAGUUCGUGAUUGUCAACCUGGGGAAGCAGUUUGUGGAAAACCCUCCAGUUGACCUGGCUAAUCUCUAUAACGACAUGUCCCCCUCCACCCCACUGGUCUUCAUUCUCAGCACAGGCUCUGAUCCCAUGGGUGCCUUCCAGCGUUUUGCGAAAGAGAGAGGUUGUCUUGACAGGGUUGAGUCCAUCUCAUUGGGUCAAGGACAAGGGCCAAUAGCAGAGAAGAUGAUCAAAGCAGCGCUGAAGAGUGGGAAAUGGGUCUUCUUGCAGAACUGUCAUCUGGCUGUUUCCUGGAUGUUAGACAUGGAGGAACUUAUCAAGACCUUCACUGAUCCUGACACAUCAAUCGACGAGAACUUCCGUUUGUUCCUCAGCUCCAUGCCUACCAAAGUGUUUCCUGUUACAGUGCUCCAGAACUCUGUCAAGGUGACUAAUGAGCCUCCGAAAGGCUUGCGGGCCAACAUGCGACGGGCCUUCACCGAGAUCUCCAGCAAUUUCUUUGAAGACCACGUUCUGGGACGUCAGUGGAGGAAGAUCCUAUUCGGAGUCUGCUUUUUCCACGCAAUCAUCCAGGAGCGAAAGAAGUUUGGUCCUCUAGGCUGGAACAUCCGUUAUGAGUUCAACGACAGUGACAGGGAAUGUGCUUUGCUCAACCUCAAUCUCUACUGCAAAGAUGGCACUAUCCCUUGGGACGCUCUUAUCUAUAUCACUGGUGAGAUCACAUAUGGAGGCAGAGUGACAGAUGCCUGGGACCAGCGCUGCCUCAGGACCAUCCUCAAAGGCUUUUUCUCACCUCCAACACUGAAACCUGAUUACACCUACUCCUGCUCAGGCAUCUACUACGCUCCAGAAGCAGACAAACUAGAGCAGUAUAAGAAGUACAUUGAGAGUCUUCCAAUCAUCGACGAUCCUGAGGUCUUUGGCAUGCACAGCAACGCCAACCUGGCCUUCCAGCGCCAAGAAACUGUGACUCUAAUCAACACCAUAAUGGACGUUAAUCCUCGCUCUUCAGCCCAUGCUGGAGCAAAAAGUAAUGAUGAUAUAGUCUGCGAGCUUGCUGAAUCAAUACUAGCCAAACUACCCGAGCGUCUGGACAUGGAUGAGGCGGUGGAAACUCUUUUUGUGCGAGAUGAAAACGGUCGUCUUAACUCCCUGACAACCGUGUUGGGGCAGGAAACAGAUCGGUUCAACAACCUGCUGAAAGUGCUCAGGAUGUCUCUCAUCACUCUGAAAAAGGCCAUAGCAGGUCUGGUGGUGAUGUCAGAGGAGAUGGACCGCAUCUACAAUAGCUUCCUGAAAAACCAGGUUCCCACACACUGGUCCAACUCUGCCUACCCUUCUCUCAAAACCCUGGCUUCCUGGGUUAGAGACCUGGUCCUCAGGAUUUCCUUUAUCCAGUUUUGGAUCACACGAGGUCAGCCCAAAUCUUUUUGGAUCUCAGGAUUUUUCUUCCCUCAAGGCUUUCUUACUGGGGUGCUGCAGAAUCAUGCCAGACAUUACAAUUUGCCCAUUGAUGAGCUCAACUUCCGCUUCAACAUGGUGCCUGCGUACAGGGACCAGGUAGCAAUAUGUGAGGCUUUACGCACUUUGACCAUCAACGAUAAACUGGACAUGGAUGAGGAGCUACCUGAGCCGGAGGAUGGCGUGCUGGUGCAUGGCAUGUUCAUGGAUGCCAGUCGCUGGGACGAUGACAACAUGGUGAUUGAGGAUGCAUUACCUCGAGUGAUGAACGCAGUACUGCCAGUGGUGCACUUUGAGCCACAGCAGAACUACGUGCCUGAGCCAGAUCUUUACCACGCUCCUCUGUACAAGACCUCAGCCAGAGCCGGGACGCUAUCCACCACCGGUCACUCCACUAAUUUUGUUGUGACAGUUAUGCUUCCAUCCAAGCGACCCAGCGACUAUUGGAUAUCCAAAGCUUCAGCUCUGCUGUGCCAGUUGGAUGACUAA